AUGGCAACCUUGUUAAACUAUAACAGAGCAAGGUCAUUCGGAGUCAGUAAGAGCCCCCUUCCAUUAACUAUUGGUGUCCAAGGAGUUAAUUUUCUUAUGAUAGGUUUACUAUUAUUGGUUGAAAAGCCAAAUUUGUUGUGUUGCAUAGGUACAUUAAGGCUAAAAUUAUUGCUCAUAGCCGUUGUUGUUAGCGAGCUGGGCUGGAGACAACAGUAUGGGCCACGACUACGAGGUGGGGCAGAAGGGUAA